CUACCAUUGAAAAAAGAAGGCAGAUUCGGUUCUUUUUAACCCCCGUGUGAAAACUCUGACUUUUCACACUGGUGCAUUCCGUGUUCCUCCGUAACAAUGUCUGCGCCCGACCUUCCGUCUGGGGUUUGUGGAAAUGUAGAGAACGGAACUUUCCUGCAGCUGUUUCCCACAUCCCUCUCCACUUCAGUGGACCCGUCCUCCAGCCACCUGUCCAAUGUCUAUGUCUAUGUGUCCAUUUUCCUCAGCCUUUUAGCAUUUCUGCUGCUGCUUUUAAUCAUUGCCCUCCAAAGGCUGAAAAACAUCAUCUCAUCCAGUUCCUCCUUCCCGGAAUACCCAAGUGAGGCUGGCAGUUCCUACAAUUUGGAAGUCUGUUAGUAUUCCUCGCAAAGGUCCACACUUUCCAACCUUCUCCUGAAGGACAUGGGAGAAUCCUGCAGUGCUGGAGCGGCUGGGGCUUCCCCUCGGAGGGAGCGUGGCAUGAAGCAGUCGCCCUUUCUUUUGUGCAGCAGUUAG